AUGCGUUUCAACAGUUCAGUUUUCAUUGCGGCUCUGGCAGCCCUGGCUUCCGCGACCCCCAUGUCGGAAAAUCACAUUCGUGACGAAGCGAGCUGUACCUGUGGGAGCGAUAUGCUACAGAGGAGUUUCGAAAAGUGUGUCUACUACAACGUGGAGAGCUCCCCAUCAUGCCAAGCCAAUGAGGCUUGUGUGUACGAGCAGACUAUAUCAUGUGCUGAGAAAAAUGGGUGUGAAUGCCCUGACUUGAAGCCCCCUGCGAGCACUGGCACAACAACACCCACUCCGAGCCCUACCCCAGAUCCAACCACACUCCAGAUCAUCACGAUAACAGCAUUCCCUUCUUCAUCGACCCCUUAG